UAUAAGAGGAAAAGAAAAAGAAAUUGAAGUAACAGAAUGGUAAGACAACAAAAAGGAAAGUAAUAAAAUAGUAAAAUUAUAAAUUGGUCAUAAGGGCAAAAUAGACAAAAAGGUAAAAGAAAGCUCACCGAAGUCAAACAAAAAUCUUCAACAUACCUUAGAGUACCAUUUUGUCGUGUACCAUUUUUUCGUCUUUUACUUAGUACCAUUUAGUCGUUUUUUGCUUGUACCAUUUUGUCGGGUCACGGUUUUUAUUGAAUUUUCGUUUGGAUUUUUAAAGAUUUUUUUCGAUUUUCUUAAUUUUUUUAUUUUAGUAUUCUUUAAAAAAUGUACAACAACGUUGGUUUGUCAACAGCUCGUGGUUCCGGUACAAAUGCUUAUGUUCAAUCAAAUGUUGCAAAUCUUAGCUUUUCACGGAAUAAAAUCGUUUACAAUGCUGAAGAAGACAUUGCUCGUGCGGAAGCAGAAGUAAAUAAAGCACCAAACUUGGAGUUGUUGGAUCAUGAAUAUAAACGGUUAAUUGAAAUUAAAUGUGUGGAAUUUGAAGAUUUGAUGGAAGGAAAGGGUUUCAGUGAAGAAGAAAUCAAUUCAAAAGUUAGCGAAUACCGCAAACUUUUAUUUAAUGAAUUUGAAAGUGGCCGUUUAAAUAUGGAUGCAGAAUUGGAUUUGCGUAAUUCACAUUCUCGUGCAAAAGUUGCAAAACAAGGACGAAGCAAUAUGCGGUGGGCAUUAGGUAUUGAUGCUUCUUUUGUUGAUGGAUCUUCAAUGGAGAAGUAA